UAAUUGUAUUACCAAAUAUUUGGUUUGAAAUUGAAUACAGACCUUAUUACCAACCAUAUCAUAGACCCAAACAAAUUCCAUAUAGACUAUACAGGCCAAGAAGAAGACGUAUACCAAACUACAUAGCCGCUUGCAGAUGUUGUGGUGGUGAAAAUCAUACUAGAAAUGAUCUGAACGCCCCUUGUCGAAAUUAA